AUGAUGAGACAUACAAUCGUUUGGGUUGAUGCAAAUUCGUCAGAUCCCACUAACAGCUUUCGUAUGAAACUUGGUGAUGCCCAAUUAUUCUCCAGUAGUGAUGAUGGUUGUGAAGCCUUCAUUACAUCUCAUACAGAUACUUCAAUUUACCUCAUUGUAUCCGGUUCUAUUGCGCAGACAUUGGUACCUAAAGUUUAUGAUUGUGAAAACCUCGUAAAAGUCUUUGUGUUCUGUGGUUCAGUGAUAAAUUACGUCGAAUGGGCCUUAGAUUACUGUGACAAAAUGAUGAUAUUCGAUCAUGGCGACGAUCUAUUAGAAAGACUAUGGAAUGAUCUAGAAAGUCAGUUUCGGCAGCAAGCAAAACAAUGUUUGAAAUGUGCAGAUGACUAUAAACAACGAGCUCUACAGUAUAAACAACCAUCCUGCGGUUAA